AUGCCGCUUGGAAAAGAUCACAAGAGACUUUGUGACUCUGAUGUAGGGCCCAACACAGGUCAGCGCUCCACCAGAUUACAGUGCCAAAUUAGAAAUCUAGGUGGAAUGGGUGUUGUUGCUCCAGUUCAAGUUCCAGAGGAAGUGGACCGACAAAUCGAUCUAAUUUUUGAGAAAACACUGCAGGGAUUGGGAAAGAGGAAAAUCAACUAUUGUGGGGUACUGUACGCCGGUCUAAUGGUUGUUGGCGAUAAACCGUAUCUUUUGGAGUUCAAUUGUCGGUUCGGAGAUCCAGAAACUCAGGUGAGAAAGCUCAAACAGUCGAUAGUAUUUUGAGGUUGACAGGUUCUGAUGCGACUCUUGGAAAGUGAUUUGUUUGAUAUCAUAACCUCUUGCAUCCGUCAAACUCUCUCUACCUGUUUCAUCAAAUGGUCCUCGAAAUCAGUGUGUGGAGUGGUUUUGGCAUCUGCCAACUACCCAAAGUCGGGAGAUAAAGGAACUCCUAUAACAGGUAAUCAUCAAAAAUGAUAUCAAGAAAGCACGAGAAUUUUGUUAAAGACAUCCCACCAGCUGAUACCACAAAUGUUGUUUUUCACGCCGGAACUUCACUCAUCAACAAUACACGUACAAUUUUCAAUAAUACCCGCUACCAAAUGCUAAAUUCACUGUUUUAGUAGUCACUAAUGGCGGAAGAAUACUAUGCAUUACAUCGGUAGAAGACUCUAUUCGAGGAGCAAGGCACCUUGCGAACAAAAUUGCAAAUUUGAUUCAGUUUGAGGGAAAACACUUCAGAACGGAUAUCGGAAAGUCAUUGUGAGAGAAAACAAUUGAAAAAUAUCUCGAUUUGAUUGAAAUAUCAGGGAAGCGCAAACUCCAUCUCUGUCGUAUGGUGCAAGCGGAGUGAAUAUUGACGAAGGAAAUCUGUUCGUGGACGAUAUAAAGUCUUUGGUAAAGAAAACUCUUCUACCAGGAGCUACACAGGUUUUUAAGAAUAACUUUUGAUGCAACUGUUUUUUUUUCAGAUUGGAGGAUUUGGCGCAGUUCUCGAUUUGAAAAAAGCAGGCUUCACAAGCGAUUCUCAGUUGGUCGUGGGAAUCGACGGAGUCGGAACCAAAAUCGAAGUGGCGACCAACUGCAAAAACUUUGCCGGUGUCGGGUUCGAUGUUGUUGCCAUGUGUGUAAACGAUGUUAUUUGUCACUGUGCAAGACCGAUUGCAUUCCUGGAUUAUUUUGUUUGUGGCAAACUGGACAGAACUAUGGCUACUCAAGUACUCGCAUCAAUUUCCAAGGCAUGCGUCGAGGCUGGAUGUUCUCUGAUCGGUAGGGCGAAUGUAUGCAGCAGAAUACACAAAAAGAAUCGUAGUUUAGGGGGUGAGACUGCAGAGAUGCCGGACGUCUACACUACUCAUCAAUGGGAUUUGGCGGGGUGCGCGAUUGCCGCUCGAGACUCUUCUUGGCCAAUGCUUCCACUUUCCUCUAGUAUCACAGAAGGUGACGUCAUUAUUGGACUCGCCUCCUCUGGUUUACACUCUAAUGGAUUUUCGUUGGCUCGAAAAGUGCUCACUGUCAAUGGGGUUCAGUACAAUGAUCCACUUCCCUGGGACCAAAACUCAACGUUCGGAGAGGAACUCUUGAGAGGAACAAGGCUUUAUGUUAAAAGUGUUUUCUCACUUUUGACAGACGGUCUCGUGAAAGGAUGUGCCCAUAUAACUGGUGGAGGGCUAAUCGAGAACGCUAUUCGCGUGCUGGACAAAACUUCAGAAGUGUCGCUUGUGGUUGGCUCAGGAAAAAUAGAUAAUUCAAUUUUUGCAAGAUUUAGAUUGACUGUUCCAAAUGGAAACCUCGAGAAAUCUUUAACUGGAUAGCUGCAGCGGGCCCUGUGGAGACCAAGGAAAUGAUUCGCACUUUCAAUUGGUAUCCUGAAACUAGCCAGUACUAAUUCUGCUAGAAUAUAGUGUUUCAGCGGCAUCGGCAUGGUACUGAUAGUUGAAAAGUCAAAAGUUGAAGAGGUUAAAAAAAUAUUGACUUUUUCAAAUGAAACUUUCUAUGAAAUUGGCCACGUGGAAAAGUCGCAGCACGGAGAACCGAUCAGUUUCAAGAAUGAAGAGAAACUUUUCCAGCGUGAAAAGUUUAGUCAACAACGUAAGCGUGUGAAAGUCGCCAUUCUCAUUUCCGGAGAGGGCACUAACAUGCAGAAGCUCAUUGAACGAUCGAAGACUCCUGGCAGCAAUUGUGAAGUGAUUAUUGCACUUAAUUCUGGGAUUAGUAAUACAUAGUCUGAAAAUUUUAAGGUGGUUGUAGUCAUUUCAAACAAAGACUCGGCUGGAGGCUUGAAAGUGGCCGAAUCCUACGGUGUUCCUACUCGUGUCGUGCCUCAUACCGCCGAUAGAGUAACUGGUGACAGAGCCCUUGCAGAGGUGAAUCUGUUUUUGAUUGCCUAUAAAUAUUGAGUCUUUUCUUGCAGAUGUUGCAAAGUUUCGGAACAGAGUUGGUUUGCCUUGGAGGCUACAUGCGAAUUCUGAGCCCAUUUUUCAUUUCUCAAUUCCCAUCGCGGAUAAUCAAUAUUCAUCCGUCACUCCUACCAUCUUUCAUAGGUAACGAAAACGCAAAAAAACACUUCCAGUCUCCAGACACCUUACACUUUUAUCAGGAGCGCACGCAGUGCAAGACGCUAUGAACUUUGGCGCCAAAGUCGUUGGGUGUACCGCACAUUUCGUUGACGUGGGUCCUGUUAUCCACUUUCAUCUUUUCUAGGCCGACAUAUUUUUCAGGAACUGGUGGAUCAUGGCGAUAUUAUCGCACAACGUCCUGUCAUGGUCGACGAUCGAGACACCAUUGAAACACUUCGUCAGAAAAUCCAAGUGCAGGAACAUGAAAUGUUUCCGAAUGCAAUGAUCGAAAUCGCAGAAAGAAUCUUAAAGUCGUAG